AUGACGGAUAUGGGUAUGGAUACAUUGAUCGGCUUAGCUCUCUUGGCCCAUUUAGAUCGUGAUGUCUUGUUUGGGAUUAUACCAUACCAACCAUCAAUUACACCGCAAUACAAGCAAUCUUCAGCCGGUGGAGGUGGGCGAGCAAGAGUUAGACCCACAGCUGGAUGGAAAAGGAAGCAUACAGCGAUCACAGUGGCUCAUUUCAACCAACAAUUGGAUUUGCAAUGGCUAUGGAUGGAGAGAUGCAACCAAGUGCAGAAGAAUGUAUGCUAUCACGUGGAUACGGCCGUGGAUGGUUUUGGAGUACUCAAGUCGUAUUAUGCAGCGACGGAUUUGGGAUCAUGGACAAAGGAUGUUUAUGAUGGCAGCAACCAAGAAUACAAUGGCACCAUUAUCCCUGUGGCCUCUAUGUGA